UUGAGCAGAGGCAGCGGGGGUUUAGUUGAACCGAAUUGCUAUUGUUUGCCCUUGCUCUGCGCAAGAAUCAAGAUUAUUACUCGUUCUGUAUCUCUUCGGCGGAAAACUCUCGACCGAAUUUGGAUUUUGCAUCGAGCGCUCUCCAACGAUUAUCGGUACUACUGCGAAGCAUUUUCAGCUGCAUUGAUUCAGUGUUAGAUGAUGGCUAGUUAUGUGUCGAUGAAUUUCUCUCUUACUCGAAACCCUGUUGGAAUGCUGUCUGCUCUUGGAGGCAGACUAUCUAUGGAGCAUCAGUCGGGGAAAUGCUAUAUGAAAAUGCCCGAGGAUAGGAGUGGGUUAGUGGGUAUCAAUCAAAAAUCAAAUUUGGCCAAGUCUUCUUCCAAUUCUCACAAUGUUAGCCAUUAUCAGAACAGGGACCCAUUUAUGGAGUUACACCCUGAAAUUUCAAUGCUAAGAGGCGAGGGAAGCAGUACAAUUAAUAGCCCAAGAAAGGACAAUUUGGGUGGAAUUACUUCCGAGAGCUUGGAAGAUGCAUCCAGUAGUAAUUACAAUGAGGCAAAGAUUAAAGUUAUUGGUGUUGGGGGUGGUGGAUCAAAUGCUGUUAAUCGUAUGAUAGAAAGUUCAAUGCAGGGUGUGGAGUUUUGGAUUGUUAAUACAGAUGUUCAAGCGCUGAAAAUGUCUCCUGUUUAUUCUGAGAACCGUCUACAAAUUGGUCGAGAACUUACCAGAGGUCUUGGUGCUGGUGGGAAUCCUGAGAUUGGUAUGAAUGCUGCAAACGAAAGUAAAGAAGCUAUUGAAGAAGCACUUUAUGGAUCUGACAUGGUUUUUGUCACUUCUGGAAUGGGUGGAGGAACUGGCACUGGAGGGGCUCCUAUCAUUGCAGGCAUUGCAAAGUCAAUGGGCAUAUUGACAGUUGGUAUUGUUACUACUCCUUUCUCUUUCGAAGGACGAAAGAGAGCCGUUCAAGCGCAGGAAGGAAUUGCAACUUUAAGAGACCAAGUUGAUACACUGAUAGUUAUCCCGAACGACAAGUUACUGACAGCAGUUUCACAGUCUACUCCUGUAACAGAAGCGUUUAAUCUGGCUGAUGACAUACUUCGGCAAGGUGUUCGUGGUAUCUCUGAUAUCAUCAUGAUACCAGGGCUGGUAAAUGUAGAUUUUGCUGAUGUUCGUGCUAUUAUGGCAAAUGCUGGUUCUUCGUUGAUGGGAAUAGGAACUGCAACCGGAAAGACAAGGGCAAGAGAUGCUGCUUUAAACGCUAUCCAAUCACCUUUAUUGGAUAUUGGCAUAGAAAGGGCCACUGGAAUUGUGUGGAACAUAACGGGUGGAAGUGAUUUGACUUUAUAUGAGGUGAAUGCUGCAGCCGAGGUUAUAUAUGACCUCGUGGAUCCAACUGCUAAUUUAAUAUUUGGAGCAGUAAUAGAUCCUUCACUUAGUGGUCAAGUUAGUAUAACUCUAAUUGCUACUGGAUUUAAGCGCCAAGAAGAAAGUGAAGGAAGGCCCGUUCAGGCCAGUCAACUAUCACAGGGAGAAAACUAUUCAGGAAUCAACCGUGGACCUUCCUCUUUCAACGAAGGUAGCUCGUUUGAAAUCCCAGAAUUCUUGAAAAAGAAAGGUCGGUCACGCUAUCCUAGAGCUUAAUCGCCUUCUUCCCAUUUAGCUCUCCUUAGCCACCGUGACCUUCCUUCCUACGUACAUAUAAUAUGCUGCUAUAGGUGGUAGUAUCUGUAUACUGUUGUUCGGUUUCGCUACUCUGUAUAUUGGUUGAGUAAUAAAUAGCUCAUAUUAUUUUCAGUCUCUCAUCUGUAGUUACAAUAUGAAAUAUGUUUGUAGCUGAAGAGCUUGAGUUAGUUGUAUUCUCCGCUUUGAUAAAAUUGCUCAACAGUAGUUUCAGCAGAAUACGGCAAUGGCUGAAGUAAGUAAAUGUUCAUGGAAUUGCCUUAA